AUGCACCAUGUUCACGGCACACUGAUGCCAUUCCUCUAUCCAUGUCUAUUCGAGUCGACCGCGACUUCGAUUCGGCUUCAAGUCCAUCGAGUACCCAGCCACGUUCGGGCAAGUCUAUUCCGACCCAAUAUCUCCCGGAAACAGUCGUCUCUCGCAGAUGCAAACACCUCCUCCUCUCGUCAUGCGGCGGCCUAUGAGGCUCCCCCGGCUACGGGCUCGUCACGCUUGAAUCCUGCCCCCGAUGACUACGGACGCAACGUCUUCGUGGACAAAUGCACAUUGACCGUUCACACUGGUUCAGGAGGCAAUGGAUGUGUCUCUUUCCUGCGUGAUGUCCAUAUCUCCGACGGUCCCCCAAACGGCGGCGACGGUGGCUCGGGGGGAAACGUCUGGAUCCAGGCAGUUGCGGGACAGACGAGUCUGCACAAACUGGCGCGAAGGGGAGUGGUCAAAGCCGGGCGUGGGAUAGGCGGAAAGGGCAAGAGCCAAGGUGGCCGAAAAGGUGAGGAUAUUUGUGUCCAGGUGCCUGUGGGGACGGUCGUUAGGGAAAUCUGGCGCAGCGAUCCUGUCGCGGAGGAGGAGGCGAAAUUGAAAGAACUCGCCGGCAUGAGCGAGGAAAAUCCAUAUUCUCUUCCUGACCAUGGACUACGCGACAAGUGGAUUCUAUAUGCAGGGGUCACUCGCAAAGAAGCCACUGAUGUUGUUGCCAACCUGCCACCGCCGUUGAAACCAAGGAAGAGUCACCUGGCAGUCCUUCAGCCUCCGGCUCCCAUUAAUCUCGACCUGGACCAACCGAUGGAGAAGCCCAUUCUUUUAGCAGCCGGGGCCAUGGGAGGUCUGGGGAACCCGCACUUUGCCACCAAAAACGAGCCCAAACCGAAAUAUGCAACCAAGGGUGAACUGGGAGUACGGAUUAAGUUCCAGCUCGAACUUAAACUUCUCGCCGACGUGGGCCUUGUCGGACUACCCAACGCCGGCAAAAGCACGCUCACUCGGGCCAUCAGCAAUUCGCGCACGAGAAUUGGAGACUGGGCAUUCACGACCCUGGCACCAACAAUCGGCACUGUCAUCCUCGACAAUAAUGAAGGCAGACCCCUGGUCCGCUCUGGCGUCGAAGGGGAACCUCCCCGCAUGAGUUUCACAGUCGCAGACAUUCCGGGACUGAUUGAAGAUGCGCACCUCGACAAAGGGCUCGGGCUGGCUUUCCUUCGCCACGUCGAGCGCGCGCGGAUCCUCGCGUUCGUGGUCGAUCUCAGUGCCGGCGACGCUGUGCUCGCGCUCAAGAACCUCUGGAAAGAGGUAGGCGAGUACGAGAACAUCCGCAACAAAGAGUUAAACGAAGAGACCGAGACCAGGGACAUGGAAUGGACUCCUUUCGGAGCGCUCUCAUCGUCAUCCGGCGGAUCUCAGCGGAGCACCCAGCCGUUGUACGACGAUUCAGGGGAGGAGAUCGCUAUCUUCCCGCCUCCUUCUCCAGACACGCCCUUAGAGCCUCUCAAGCUGCCACCCAUCAGUGCGAAGCCGUGGUUCGUGAUUGCCACUAAAGCAGACAAGGACGCGGCCGUCACCCAGGCCGAAUUCAAGAAGCUGGCGGAAUACAUGCGGCAGGUUGAGACCGGUGAAGUCGCGCAUCCUAGCGGCAACCGCAAUGGCUGGAGACACCGAAUGGUGGCAAUUCCCGUGUCGGCAAUCCACGGCCAGGGUAUCGACAAGGUGAUCAGAUUCACCGCAGGCGUCUUGGACAGUCUGGUCGUGAGCCGGUAG